AAAUCAGUUCUGCGGUCGCGCAGGUUAAUUUUAUAUUUAUCGCAUCUGUCGGUAGAGGGCGCAGGCGAGUAUCUUCAACCAAAGGAAAGACCGUAGAAGAAGAGGAAAACUGGAGCUAAAGACAAUAGCUUGCAAAAUCCACUACGCUGAACCGUUUUAUCACUAUAGAAAGUUAAUUUUAUGAUUUUAUUUUGUAUUUUCUCCCAGCGAGUUGUCAAGGAGAAGCUGCCGUAAAACUGGCGGCAUUUUAGUUAAUUAAAUCACAAUAAGCUGCUUGCUACUAGCAAGCAAACUGUCAGUGGCUGAGCGACAACAAAGAGGCUGCAGCUGCACACAUCUGGCAGAGGUGCUGGAAGUGUUUACAUUGAACCCAACAGAUUCCAUUAAUCAGGCUGAUAUGACGGGGGUGGCCUCUCCAGAGAAGGUGGCAAGCACCAAGAAGAAGAGCGAGAGGAAGUGUGCCAUCAAAGAGGAGUUCAGACAGCUGUCGAGCAUCAUGGGAGUCAUGAACAACCUGAGGAAACAGGGUACUCUCUGUGAUGUUACACUGGUGGUUCAGGGGAAAACCUUUCCUGCCCACAGAGUAGUGUUGGCUGCUGCCAGCCACUUCUUCAGCCUCAUGUUCACCACCAGAAUGAUGGAGUCGAUGUCUCACGAGGUGGAGCUCAGGAGUGCCGAGCCUGAGAUCAUUGAGCUGUUGAUUGAAUUUAUCUACACAGCUCGGAUUUCGGUGAACAGCAGUAACGUCCAGUCGUUGCUGGAUGCAGCCAACCAGUACCAGAUUGAGCCUGUGAAGAAGAUGUGUGUGGAGUUCCUCAAAGGACAAAUUGAUGCAACAAACUGCCUUGGUAUUUCCUCCCUGGCAGACUGUAUGGACUGUCCCGAGCUGAAGGCGGCAGCAGAGGACUUCGUCGAGCUGCACUUCACUGAAGUCUACAAACUGGAUGAGUUCCUGCAACUAAAUGUUUCACAGCUCACACACCUAUUGCACCAGGACAAACUCACUGUCCGUGCCGAGGCCCAGAUUUAUGACGCAGCAGUGCGCUGGCUGAAGUACGAUGUGUGUAACAGACAGCACCACAUGGUGGAGGUGUUGGGGUGCGUUCGCUUUCCUCUGGUCUCCAAAACCUUCCUCUCCAAGACGGUGCAGGCUGAGCCCCUCAUUCAGGACAACCCACAGUGUCUCAAGAUGGUCAUCAGUGGGAUGCGCUACCACCUGCUGUCCCUGGAGGAUCGGGAGGAUCUUGGUGAGAGCAGCCGACCGCGACGCAAGAAGCACGACUACCGCAUCGCUCUGUUCGGAGGGUCCCAGCCUCAGUCCUGCCGCUACUUCAACCCCAAGGACUCCGCCUGGACAGACAUCCGCUGCCCCUUCGAGAAGCGCAGAGAUGCCACAGCCGUCUUCUGGGACAAUGUGGUCUACAUCCUGGGUGGCUCACAGCUCUUCCCCAUCAAGCGCAUGGACUGCUACAAUGUACUGAAGGACAGCUGGUACUCCAAGCUGGGUCCUCCCACGCCUCGUGAUAGCCUUGCUGCCUGCCCUGCCAUGGGGAAGAUCUACACAUCUGGGGGGUCGGAAGUGGGAAGCUCUGCCCUCGACCUUUUCGAAUGCUAUGACACAAGAACAGAGUCUUGGCAGGUGAAAACCAGCAUGCUGAUGGCUCGCUGCAGUCAUGGCUCAGUGGAGGCCAACAACCUCAUAUACGUCUGUGGAGGCACGGUGGGAAACAAUGUGUCUGGCAGGGUCCUCAACAACUGUGAGGUUUACGACCCCAACACUCAAAAAUGGAGGGAGUUGUCUGGGAUGAAAGAGGCCAGGAAGAACCAUGGGCUGGUGGUGGUCAACAGCAGAAUCUACGCUGUUGGAGGGCAGGGAGCUCUGGGUGGACUUGACUCUGUAGAAUACUAUGACAUUGCCAGUAAUGAGUGGCAUGCUGCUGCGGCGAUGCCGUGGCGAGGUGUAACGGUGAAGUGUGCAGCGGUCAGUGAGGUCAUCUAUGUGCUGGCGGGAUUUCAAGGGGUGGGGCGACUCGGACACGUCCUGGAGUACCACAUUGAAACUGACAGGUGGGUGACUUGCAGCAAGGUGCGAGCAUUUCCUGUCACAAGCUGCCUGAUCUGUGUGGUCGACACGUGCGGAGUCAACGAAGACGAAGACAUGGACCUGAUAGACUCUCAGUCACACGCUGCAGCCACUGCCUCUGCCCCAACCUCAUAGGACAAGAGUGUAUGUUAAGUAGCGACAUUUGAUGACAGUCGCGGCAGCUACUGAUUUGAGCCGAUUUACAGUAAGCAAAGCCUGACAGUUCCUCUACUAAUGUGAAUAUUCACGUGUGCAUUUAGGCUGACAACUGGUCAUGUUCUUUAACUUUGUACAGUCCUUAGUUUAAAGUAUUUUGUAAUGUUUUUAUCGCUUGAGAAUAAAGUACUGUUACGGAG